AUGACAACAGCUAUAAGUAAUUCACAGAAAAAGAAUAUGAACUCUAACGCGCCACCAGGAGGAGUGCGUAAGAAAUCAGGACCAAAGUUUGAAUUAACUGAGGAACAGCGCCGUGAUAUAAAAGAAGCAUUUGAUCUAUUUGAUACGGAAAACACUGGAAAAAUUGAUACCAAGGAAUUAAAAGUUGCUAUUCGGGCUCUUGGUUUUGAACCAAAGAAGGAAGAAAUAAAGAAGAUGAUUGCCGAAAUUGAUAAAGGGGAUGGGAAAGUUGCCUUCGAGGAUUUUCUUGAUUUGAUGACUGUGAAAAUGGCAGAAAAAGAUACCAAAGAGGAGAUUAUGAAGGCCUUUAAACUAUUUGAUGAUGAUGAAACUGGUAAAAUUUCAUUUAAGAAUCUUAAAAGGGUAGCCAAGGAACUUGGUGAAAAUUUGACAGACGAGGAGCUCCAUGAAAUGAUAGAUGAAGCAGACAGAGAUGGCGAUGGGGAAAUUAAUCAAGAAGAGUUCCUAAGAAUUAUGAAAAAGACAAGCCUAUAU